AAAAGUAAUUGAACAGUUUUUUAAAGAUCUCUGCAAUUUGGUUUCCCUAGAAAGAUUUCUAUUGGGGAAGGAGGGAUUUGGGCACUUUGGUGUAGGAGCAGCUUCAUAAUUCUAUCUCUCGCCUCACAAGGAUUGAGCAGUACAGAGUUCAUGUUCCUGUGCACAUCACUGACUUCCUCUCAGAAGCCACAGCAAGGGGAGAGGCAAUGGGAGAAGUCUUUAGUGGGCUGUACUGCUCUGCUCCCACAUGAAUUUUUUUCUCAGUUAGACCAGAGUUGGGGUUAAUAAGUUAGAAAAUGGGGACCACCAAAAACUUCAGUGAUAGGAUGAAGAACUAGUGGUCCAGGAGGUUCACGUAACAGUCAGUAUGGUGUGUUUGGUACAGAAAAGAUCAAGGAUCCCAGGCCACUUCAUGACAAGGCAUUCAUCCAACAGUGUAUCCGACAGCUCUGUGAGUUUCUUGUAGAGAAUGGCUAUGCCCAUAAAGUCUCCAUGAAGUCACUCCAAUCUCCAUCCGUUAAGGACUUCUUAAAGAUCUUCACUUUCAUCUAUGGCUUCCUGUGCCCUUACGAGCUUCCUGAUUCUAAGUUUGAAGAGGAAAUCCCCAGAAUCUUUAAAGAGCUUGGGUAUCCCUUUGCAUUGUCAAAAAGCUCUAUGUACACAGUGGGGGCUCCACACACUUGGCCUCAGAUUGUAGCAGCUUUGGUUUGGCUAAUCGAUUGUGUCAAGUUGUAUUCUGCCGUGAGGGAAAACACACCCUUUGAUGAAGGACAGACCUGGGAAGGAGAAACAGAAGAUGGAAUUGUACAUCAUAAGCUUUUUAUGGACUACACUGUAAAGUGCUAUGAGCACUUCAUGAAGGGUGGAGACACUUUUGAGGAGUUUGAUGCAGAAGUGCAAUUAAAGCUAAAGGAUUUGUUUAAUGUAGAUGAAUUCCAGGUGGAGGCUCUGGCAGCAGAAAACAAAAGAUUGCAUGAAGAGAUUGCAAGACUAGAGAAAGAAAGGGAAAGUGAGCCGGAUCGUUUAGUGUCAUUGAAAAAACUGAAAUCUUCUUUGCAAGCAGAUGUUCAGAAAUAUCAGGCUUACAUGGCUAAUCUGGAGUCUCAUGCAGCCAUCCUUGACCAAAAAGUGAAAGGAAUUAAUGGGCAACUUGAAACAGCAGAAAUGGAAGUUGAAGCGAUGAAGCAGGAGAAUGCACGCCUCCAACACAUCUUUGAUAACCAGAAGUACUCAGUUGCAGAUAUUGAGAGAAUAAAUCAUGAAAGGGAUGAACUACAGCAAACAAUCAACAAGCUGACCAAGGAACUGGAGGCAGAAGAGCACCAAUUAUGGAAUGAAGAGAUGAAAUAUGCUAGAGGGAAAGAGGCGAUCGAAACACAACUGGCAGAGUAUCACAAGCUGGCUCGAAAGCUGAAACUAAUCCCAAUAAGUGCAGAGAAUUCCAAAGGCCAUGACUUUGAGAUUAAGUUUAAUCCUGAAGCAGGACCAAACUGUCUAGUCAAAUACAGAACUCAUAUUAAUGCUCCCCUUAUGGAGCUCAUAAAUAGGACCGAAGAAGAAAUUAGAAAAGCUACCCACAAGAAAAUGGGUUUAGAGGAUACAUUGGAACAGGUGAACACAAUGGUAUUAGAAAAGAAAAGCAAUGUUAAAAUGCUUAAGGAAGAGGCCCAAAAGCUGGAUGACCUUUACCACCAGAAGCUUAAGGAAGCAGAAGAGGAAGAGAAAAAAUGUGCAACUGAGCUGGAAUUAUUGGAGAAGCAUAAACACUUACUUGAGAGUGGAAUCAAUGAAGGCCUCAGUGAAGCUAUGAACGAGUUGCAUGAUGUUCAGCGGCAAUACCAGGUUGUUAUGCAGAUGACAACGGAAGAGAGUAGGAAAGUAGGUGAUAAUUUGAACCGUCUCUUGGAAGUGAUUGCUACUCAUGUAGUAUCAGUAGAGAAAUACCUGGGUGAGCAGAAUGUAAAGGUUGAUAGAGACUUUGAAGAAUUCAUGUCAGAAGAUUUACUGGCAAACUUAAGAGAGAUCCUAGACAACUAUAAAAAGAAGGCUGAUGCAAUGUAAUUCUCAAAAAGGAUGAAGAUGAUAAAAAUUUUGGAUUUGCAGAGCUCUAGAGGUAUCCGUCCUUCAAUGUAGGCAUCACCCGUCAUAGAUUUCCUUGUUAGCUGAAUUGCUGUUAUGAUUCGUAAACUCUUUUACAAAUGUAUAUAGCUUCCUUUUAGUUCUUUAGUAUGUGCAUCAUUAUAUAAAAAAAUUAAGAGGUUAAUCAAAUUGUUUGCAAAUAAAGUAAUGGAUUUGUUUU